AUAAAAUUAAUUUUCGAAUGGAAGGAGAAGGUGAAGAAGAAAUUCAGGCUAAUGAGAGAGAUUUUGAGAGUCUUCAAAAAUCAAUAGUUUUAGAUAAAUACAAGAAAAAGUGUGAAGAGAUGGAACUCACUCCUCAUCAAGCUUUUGUGAGAUACCUUGAAGAGACCGAGGAGGAUAAUGAGUCUAUUGAUCUUGUAAUUCAUGGAAAUAGUAAAGAAAAUUUUACCUGAAGAGUCACUGAUAUCGAUCUCAAGCCAAUAGUCGAUGUCUUGGAGGAUUAUGCUGUGUAUGUUGAGGAAAUUGAUCUGAAAUUCAAUGAGAUUCAUGAUGAAGGAGCACAAUAUUUGUCUCAGCUUAUUGAAAAAUCAGAGAGACUUCUUGGCCUCAACCUUGAAGGAAACUCUAUUGAGGUAAACGGAGCCCAAUAUUUAGCAGAAGCUUUGAAGAAUUGUGAGUUAUUGCAGUAUCUCUACCUCAAUGGAAACAAGAUCCAGACUGAUGGAGCUAUGAAUAUUACAGAGCUAUUAUUUACUCAUAAGAAACUCCUUGAAUUGAAUUUGGGUAAUAAUGAUAUCACUCAUGAUGGAAUCAUUGGUAUAUUGAGUGUCUUGAACUGCUCAAACUACACUUUGGAAGUCCUGAAUAUUGACAACCCUGAUUACAGCACUAUUUGUCAAUCAACUGCGAUUCAUUUCGGAAAAAUGUUUCAGAAUAAUCUAGGAAUUCAAAAAUUGUCAAUGCAGAAGCAUAAAAUGAGAUGUGCAGGAGUUUUCACUAUUAUGGAAUAUCUCCUUGAGAACAACACUCUCAGGGUUUUGGACUUGACUGCUAAUGAGAUUAAGUUCAAAGGUUGUGAAUCAAUAGCAAAAUAUUUACGAUCAGAGAACUGAACUCUUGAGUCUCUCCACUUAGGAGCAAAUGAAUGUGGGUCCUUUGGUGCAAAGGCUAUUGCUCAGGCAUUGCCUAUUAACAAGUCUCUGAUCCAUCUAGAUAUGUCUCACAAUCAGAUUGAAGACUUUGGGCUGUUACAGUUAGCCCAGUCUUUGUCUGAAAAUUCGACAAUUCUCUCAAUAAAGUUAUUUGGCAACCAUUUCGGUCAGGAUUCAUUAGAGCUGUUCUACCAGCUCUUCAGAGAAGAGAGGGAAAACCAAUGGUAUCCUGACUUCUUGGUAUAUAUCGUCGAUGAUCAUUAUGAGAUGGCUUAUUUGGAGACAGUCCUUGACAUGGAUAUAUAAGAAGAUGAAUUUUAAAUUUAG